AAAGUUAGAAUGUCAAGGUAGUGCCAAGCACUGACGGCCACACUUCAAAUCGAAUUGGACGGGAAAUAAAAUAUAUAGGAAAAUCGGGGCCGGAAAAUGAAACGUGAAUGAACAUCGAGGAAAGGACGCGACAACCAAAUGCAAUGUUUCCCAUGCAUCCCAAAAUGGAUGAGCAGUUGGCCCAGGCCUUCUCCGCCAACGAGGACGAGGAGGAGAAGCACAUUCAGAAGGUUCAGAACGCCUUCCUCUACUACGGACCAUAUGCCUGCCAGCGACUGAAGCGCUCCAUGGAUUACCUCAACAGCCUGUCUGGCGAGGACCAGCACAUGCUGUCCAAGUACCGGGCCCACCUCACCUGUGUGCGCACGUGCAUCGAUCGGAAUCAGGCCGUUAUCCGGGAGAUAUUGCGGGAGCGAGUUCUCUAUCCAGAUCCGGACGGUUCUCCGUCCAAUCCAACAUCGGAUCGUUGGGAAUUUGACGAGCCGCCGCCUCAUGUGCGGCAUGGCGAUAUGGAUCAGUCUAUUGCACUAGAUGAUGCUGAUGUAGAACCUCUCAAAAUUUUAAAGGCCCAGUCGACACUGAAGUUGAUUGCGCGCGAUUGGAGCACCGAUGGCGCCCUGGAGCGGGAGCAGUCCUACAAGCCGAUCAUCGACUGCAUUCUCGAGUACUUUAAGCCCAGUGACUAUGAACUGAAGGAGAUCAAGAUCUUGGUACCGGGAGCCGGGCUGGGACGUCUCACCUAUGAGCUGGCCUGUUUGGGUUACUCCUGCGAGGGCAAUGAGUUCUCCUACUUCAUGCUCAUUGCCUCCAACUUUGUCCUGAAUCUGUGCGAUUAUGAGAACAAGUAUGUCUUGUACCCGUGGGUGCAUCAGUAUGUGAAUAAUUUGAGGCGCGAGGACCAGGUGGCCGCCGUUCGCUUUCCGGACAUCUGUCCGCUAAAGAAUCCACCAAAAGGACACUUUGAAAUAGCCGCUGGUGACUUCCUGGAGGUGUACAAGACGCCGCACACCUACAACUGCGUGGCCACAUGCUUCUUCAUCGAUUGUGCCAACAAUGUUAUUGAUUUCAUUCGCACCAUUUACAAAAUCCUUGUACCGGGUGGCAUUUGGGUGAAUCUCGGCCCGCUGCUCUACCAUUACAGCGAUGUCAGUGGCCAGAAUAGCAUCGAGCCGACGUUCGAGGAUCUGUGCAUCAUUAUGGAGAGCAUUGGCUUUGUGAUUGAGAGCUCGCGCACUGGCAUCCGCACCAAGUACGCCCAGAAUCCGUCCUCGAUGAAGCAGAGCGAGUACCAGAGCCUGUUCUGGGUCUGCCGCAAGCCGGAUCCGUUCGAGGAGCAGCGCGGCAAGCGUAAAGCAUCCCGGGAGCCCCAUGAUCUCAUUGUGCGCGCCGACACCGACGAGGAGGAGGAGGAGGAGCGCGAGCGGGCCAAGCAGGAGCAGGAGCAGGAGGAGGAGGAACAGAAACUGGCCGAAGCCGAGAUCAACAAUGAGACUGAGAUGCAGGAUCUGGCCCAGCCAACGUGAUACCAGAGAGGGAGGCCACCAGAGAGAAGCGAGAAAUCAAAAACCUUAACAUCACACAUCAACCAUAAUCGAAAAACGAAAACCAAAGCGAAUUAUAAUCCAAAACCCACCUCAAGGAUGCCAUCAUAAGACAGGGAACACUCGAAUCGAGGCAACUUUCAUGUCCCAGGAUUCGUUAAGUUUGUACAUUUAGUAUAAGGAUGCCUUGAUCUACAAAACCAAUUACAAGUUUUCAAAAAACAGAAAACGACAACAAAUAUAUCUCGUAGGCGGAACAAAAUAUA